UUUAAACUCACAGGCCCUUUAUGCUACUAGAAAUGGGUUUAUUUGGAUUUAAACUCAGGCCCGUACACUACAAGUUCGUCAAGCUGGAUGAAAUGACGCGGGCCUUAUAAUGCGCCGACCCAAUCACGAACCACCGCAGAAGGGGGGAAAAAGAAAAAAAGGCAUUAAUCGAGUAUCUGUAGUACUAGUAUAUAUAUAUAUAUACACGAGUAAACCGGGUUUGCCACUGAUCAUUUGCGCGGGAAAAAUUAUAGAGUGGUAGUAUUAAGUAAUCAUGGAAUGGCGGAUUUGAUAUGAGAAAAAGUGUGAAUAGGGUGUGGAGGAGAGUGAUGGCGAACAAAUUGAUAAGCGAAAUGGGUCUUCCCAAAUCAAUAGCCAACAUCUUUGCUGCUCGCAACAUUCACACUGCCAAGGAUGCAUUGUCAUUAACCGAGUUUGAGUUAAUGGAGCUGUUAGAUGUCGGGUUGGCUGAAGUUACAACAGCAGUAUCAAGUAUCAGUGAGAUUUCUUGCCCUCCCUACCAAACUGCUCUGUCGCUGUUGGAGCAGCGUAUGCAUAAUGAGCACUUGGCAGGUCAUCUACCAACUCGUCUGAAAGGACUAGAUGCAGCCUUAUGUGGGGGCAUUCCAUUUGGUGUUAUUACGGAGUUGGUUGGUCCUGCAGGGAUUGGCAAAACACAGUUCUGCCUGAAGCUUUCCUUGUUGGCCUCGCUGCCUUCUAGUCAUGGUGGCCUUGAUGGGCAUGUCGUAUAUGUGGAUACCGAAUCAAAAUUUAGUUCAAGGAGGAUGAUUGAAAUAGGUGUUAAUAGUUUCCCAGAAAUAUUCCAAAUUGAAGGAAUGGCUCAGCAGAUGGCUGGUAGGAUCCUAGUCUUGCAACCGACGACACCCACUGAAUUCUCAGAGUGGUAUGACUUGCAAAAGAUCAAGGAUUCCCUUCUCCAGCAUCAUGUGAAGUUGCUAGUCAUUGAUAGCAUGGCAGCUCUUGUUUCAGGGAGAGAUGGACAGGGACAAUGUAGACAACAUCCAUUGGGUUGGCAUAUGACCUUUAUAAAAUCACUCGCAGAAUUUUCCCGUAUCCCUGUGGUGGUGACUAACCAAGUUAGAUCUCAUAGUGGUGAUGACCCUUUCCACUAUUCCUUCCAAGUUCAGAUUCUAGACAAAAUCUGGAUUUCCCCACAACAUUUGAUUCCCAUCUUGUUGCUGCUCUUGGGAUCCCUUGGGCUCAUGCUGUUUCUAUCCGUCUUGUGCUGGAAUCUAAAUCAGGGCAAAGAUUCAUAAAAGUGGCAAAAUCAUCAAUGUCCCCUCCGGUUGCAUUCACUUUCGCUAUAUCUGCAUCUGGAAUUUCCUUGCUUCAUGACGAUGGAAUUGAAAUGACUGGACCAGAAAUAAAUGCAAUAUGUGGUCAAGGUAACAGUGGUUUAUUCAAUUAAGAAUUGGAGCUUCAGGGUUGUUUGUGGCUGAUACCUGUACUCAAGGACUCGAGCACUUAGCUUGGUACAUAGAUCUUGUUUGAAUAUAGUUCUGUAGCCCUUUUAUCACUACGCAUCAGAAAUCAAAGUUUGAUGUGAGGUUAGCUCAUUGUUUGUGCCUUCAUCUAGGAGACCAGUAGACCUUUUUUUUUCAGGGUAUGAGGAAUCAAGGCAUAUUGGCAUAAAGAAAUAGGCACAGAUAUGUAGAAUUGGUAAGCGCCGUGCAGAAUUACACAAUUUUAAGUUACCUAAUUAUGCUGGCAAUGUUUUAAUGUGAAAAAAUCUGGGAAGGUGUCGAUCUUUAGGUUCAGAUGCACAACUGAGCCAGGACCUGCGUGAAGAUCAUCAUCAUCAUCAUCAUAGGGAUAGCAUAUUACCAUGUGACAGUCAAACCAAAUUGCAGGAUUAAUUUAUUUGGUGGUGCUGCGACAACUGAAGACCAUUAAAUUUAGUAUCCUUUCUCCUUUCACUUUAAUAACUUGAAUGAGAUACUUGGAACAGGAAUACCUUAAAAUGCACUCCUUCAGAUUUAAGGAUAACUUAUUUUUUAUCAUUCUUUGUGAGAACCAAGAUUAAGGUUAGCGCUUUGGUUUCGCAUACUAGUAAAUGAACAACUUUGAAGUGUCCUCAGCUAAAGAAGCCAUAAAGUGCUGUUCAACCUUCUGAUGGGGGUUUUUAAAUAGGAAAAACUGUAAAGAGGAAACCCAAGAUUGAGUUUUACCAUUAUUCUUAUUUUCCCUUUUUAACCUAUGACCAAAGCUUGUUGUCUAA